GGAGUAGCCCGGUGUGUACGUGUGCUGGCUGCCUACAUUGCGGUCCCUUUCCUCGGCUCAGGCUGCAGAUCACAGGGGGCGGCUGCUCAGGGCUCAAAACUUGCCUCAAAAAUGGUGAAGAUAACCACAGUCAAGACCAAGCCGUACACGGACCAGAAACCAGGGACCAGCGGCCUGAGGAAAAGGGUGACAGUCUUCCAACAGAAUCAGCACUAUGCGGAAAACUUCAUUCAGAGCAUUAUUUCUGUCAUCGAGCCCUCUGAGCGCCAGGCUGCUACUGUAGUGGUGGGAGGAGACGGCAGGUUUUUCAUGAAAGAUGCCAUUCAGCUGAUCAUUCAGAUCGCUGCGGCCAAUGGGAUUGGAAGCCUGGUGAUUGGUCAGAAUGGCAUCAUGUCGACUCCAGCAGUCUCCUGUGUGAUCCGCAAGAUAAAGGCAGUGGGUGGGAUUAUCCUCACUGCUAGCCACAACCCUGGAGGCCCCAGUGGGGAUUUUGGCAUCAAGUACAACAUCUCCAGUGGAGGGCCUGCUCCUGAAGGUAUUACAAACAAAAUCUUUGAAAUCAGCAAAAGUCUGCAGGAGUAUCACAUCUGUCCAGACCUGAAGGUGGAUAUUUCCAAAAUUGGCAAGCAGACAUUUGAGGUUGACACUUUCAAACCUUUUACAGUUGAGAUUGUGGACUCCGUUGAGGCAUAUGCAGAGAUGCUUAGAGGUAUAUUUGACUUUGCUGCACUGAAGGAGCUUCUCUCAGGACCGAACCACAUCAAUGUUCGUCUAGAUGCAAUGCAUGGAGUGGUUGGUCCUUAUGUUAAGAAGAUUGUCUGUGAAGAGCUGGGUUCUCCUGCCAAUUCAGCUGUUAACUGCGUUCCUCAAGAAGAUUUUGGAGGCCACCACCCAGACCCUAACUUGACCUAUGCUGCUGAUUUAGUUAAUACAAUGAAAGGUGGAGAGUAUGACUUUGGAGCUGCUUUUGAUGGUGAUGGUGACCGCAAUAUGGUGCUUGGUAAACAUGGCUUUUUUGUGAACCCAUCCGACUCUGUAGCUGUCAUUGCUGCCAAUAUUACCGGUAUCCCUUAUUUCCAGAAGACAGGAGUUAAAGGCUUAGCUCGUAGUAUGCCAACAAGUGGAGCUCUUGACAAUGUGGCAAAAGCUAUGAAGAUGCAGCUCUAUGAGACUCCAACAGGCUGGAAGUUCUUUGGUAAUUUGAUGGAUGCUGGAAAAUUGUCCCUUUGUGGUGAAGAGAGCUUUGGAACAGGUUCUGAUCAUAUUCGGGAGAAGGAUGGUCUCUGGGCAGUGCUCGCAUGGUUGUCCAUUUUAGCUACCAGGAAACAGAGUGUUGAAGACAUCAUGAAGGAUCACUGGCAGAAGUUUGGUAGAAAUUUCUUCACAAGGUAUGAUUAUGAGGAAGUUGACUCUGAUGCUGCCAACAAAAUGAUGAAGGAUCUGGAGACAGCCAUGUUUGACCCUGCUUAUGUUGGAAAGAAGUUCUCAUCAGGAGACAAGACUUAUGAGGUGGCCAUCGCAGACAAUUUCGCCUACACAGAUCCUGUGGAUGGAAGUGUGUCCAAAAAUCAGGGCCUCAGAAUCAUCUUUUCCGACGGUUCCAGGAUUAUUUUCCGUCUCAGCGGCACAGGCAGUGCAGGGGCCACCAUCCGGCUCUACAUCGACAGCUACGAGAAGGACCCCCAGAAGAUUUACCAAGACCCACAGGUGAUGCUGGCUCCUCUGGUGGACAUUGCCCUGAAAGUGUCUCAGCUUCACGAGAGGACCGGACGCACUGGGCCCACAGUGAUCACAUGAUCUGUCUGACACUGCCUUCCCGUCACCCGCAGCAACAGGAUACCUCUCUGAUCCUGGGGUGAAUGCUGUCUCGGCUUUAGACACUGGUGCUCUAGUUCUUUAACACGACCAGAUAAAUUACGUCAACUCUAAAAAAGGUACUUGGAGAAACUACUACUCAAGUAACAUCAAUUGUAAGAGUAACUGCUAGGAUGUAGUAUCUGAUAUAUAAUUUGAAGUUUAAUUGGAAAGAAAAGAGAGAUACUGUACUGAUCCCUAGGGAAAUUCAAUAAAAAAAAUAAUGCUCAAAGUAGGGUGCUUUCAAUGGGUGUAAUGUCAAAAAUUACAUCUGAAGAUGAUACAAGAAAUGUAAACUUUAAAUUAAUUUCAUAUUGUCAACAUAAAGCUUUUGUCACUUGUAAAAUUACUCACAGUGGAAAGGGUUACCAAAACUCAAGUAAGAUCUUGUUACUUCAUACAGAAUAUUACUGGUUUAGGAGUAAAAGUUAGGUGUUAGAAAACUACUGUCAAAAAGUUACUGAAGUAAAUGUAACUGAGUAAAUAUAACCCACCUGCUUUUCUCAUUUUAAUGUGAAUCAGCAUUAUGUGUUGCGUAGUCUGUGUAUUGUAAGAAAUAAUGUCAACAAGAGCCCUGUAUGUGUGUAGUUGUUGCACUGCCAUGCUAUAAUAGCAUAAACCUAGAAAUGUCUACGGUUCAUUUCUUAUCUGCACUUAAAAUGACAUUUCUUGACUUUAAAGGUGCAUUGAGUAACGUUUGUAGUGGAGGGCCUGCCACCUGCUUUUCUCUAUGGAGAUGUUAUUGCUUUGUCUGAAAUGUUUCAUUAAACCUUUCUAUCGUUAUGAGAGACCAAACCAGGCCAAGUUACUGGUUAGAUCUGUGGAGAGUAACAGUCAAAAUGCCUGUUUUUCCAAGGUAUUUUUGAACAAUAAAACUAACUGUAAUUGAACAGUGGAACAUUCAAAGCAGGGCAAUGACACUAUAGAAACAAGAAGGUGAUGGACCUCCAACCAAAAAGUUACAUAGUGCAUCAUUUAACAGUGGUGGAGUUAAUAAUUCAGUUCUGCUCCUCACCACAAGAUGUCACUGUGGCUUGAAACGCUGUAUUGUAAAUAUUAACAGUACAUACGGGGACUCUGUUACAGUAUGGAAUAACAUUUCAUUAUAUUAAUCAUUAGACACAUAUAAUCAAUAUAGCAGCAAUCUGGGACAGCUUUCACCCUUUCCAUCUAUUUGUUCCUGACUGAUCUUGUGCCUUCCCUAAAUCAUUUCCUCUAUACCACCAUAUAAUAUCUGGAUAACCUGAAACCAUCACCCCCAAAGAAAAAAUGCGCUUCCAUGACCUUAAUAAAAGUAUUACUAAACCAAAA